UCAUGGUGCACUGUCUGGAACAAGAAAUACUUUUAUUAAGUGGUCAUGAUAGUGGAGUUUUACUGUAAUAUUAAUUUUAAAAAUUACAAUUUUAAUUUCAUCACACUUAUUUCAGGAUAGUAAAAUUGAGAUUGGGGAGAGUUGUCCAAACACUGGGGCAGGUUGACUAAACAAUUCUGGGCGAGUUGACCAGCAUUCAUCUCAGCAUGUGUUUAUGAAAAAUGAUUGGCUAAACUACUGUUGAUCUUAACUCAGCUGUUCAGCGACAGCCAGUGACACUAAUGUGACAGUUUAACAUAUAGGGCAGGCAGUCAAAAUGGCCCACGGAUGAAACGACCCUGAAAAUGUAAGUCAAAAUUGCCAAAGAAAAUAGAUAAAAUGGCCAAUUUAAUUAUUAGCCCAUCAAUUCCGGAUGUAUGGGUACCAAAACACUGACUUAAUUCCCAUUACUAAUAAUAUUAACAUAUAAGCAAUAUAUCACAGACAGUGACAUUUCUCACUAAGACAAGUUUUGCUGUUAAAUUUUUAUGUUGACCACUGUUUUUACAAAUGUCACAUAAAGUUUAACAGACCAAUUUGUGUUAUUUCCAAAACAGUUUUCUUUUCUGUUUAACAUUAAGUCAUACUAUAAUUAUGGUACGGUACUGAUGAAAAACAGUUUUUACUGGUACAAGGUAUAAAGUUAAGCAUAAAUUAGUGCAUGAUUGGACCUAUGCAUUUAACUGAAUCACUGGUGUAUUUUUGUACAGGUACGGUACUUGUAUAUUUUUACAUCCACUUUAAAAUUUUGUAGCUCCAAGCGAUAAAGUCACUUUAAGUCCCAGAUGUAUGUAUGGUAUGUUUUAAGGUAGUACUAAACCAAAUAACAUCUGACUGGGUCAAAGGUGCAUGCAGCUUUUCAUCCCACAGUUGAGGCUACCAGUCCUGUCAUCAGUGAUAAAUAUAAUGGAUGUGGAUUACAAAAGAUCUGUGCUUCCUUAAAAUGAGCAGCACAACGGUUUUCCUGACUGUAAUGUACCAAAUGUGUCGCAUGUCCUGGAGACGGGCAUGUUGCCUAUUUUCUCUCCUCACAUGCUUCUUUCUUCUAAUGCUGGUGGCAUUUCUCGGACUGAAGAUCCCGAGUGCACAGUGGUAUCACUUCCCAGCAGCCUGCAGGACCCCGGAUUCCAUUCUGAAGGACAUGAAGGUCCUGGUGUUCAAAAUCAACGAAGCUCUCAGUGAACUUCAGAUCUCACAUGCCAUUUGUUAUGGCACUCUCUGGGGAACGCUGAGAAAUGGGGAACUUCUUCCAUGGGACAAUAACGUAGACUUUUGUGUUAAUUGGGCAGAUAUAAAUAAAGUCGACAGUGAUCAUAUAACGGAAAUAUUCAACCAGAAACAGUUAUCUAUAUCCUAUGUCCCUAGACUGGGUCAUUACGAAGUGAAAUAUGGAAGUGCUGAUGGGUAUGUGACCGUGUUUUCCGGGAUGUUUUAUGGUGAGAUGUACCGAACUGGGUGGUUGUACAACUUGUUGUGGUGGUUUCAGUCAAAGCCAAUCUCGUUCCCAACCAAUUUGCUAGAAGCACCAUUACCAACAAAAAAGCUGUAUGGUCAUGAUGUGCCUGUCCCAAAAGAAAGUAUUGAAAUCCUGAAAUAUCUCUAUCCCGAUGACUGGUGGUUAGAGGUCAGACCACCAGGUUGUCACUAGUUCUGUCUGCUGUUACCUAUUUUGCAGGCCUCGAACUUAACGAUGGCACCGACGGCAGUUGCCGUAAGUGCAACAUGAAUUUGCUUUCAGGUCAGGGUCUUCACCGAUGACAGUUUUUUGCCAGUGAAUAAAAAUUAUUACGGUCAGUUGAAGUGCUAAUUUUUGGUUUCUAUAUUUGUUGCAAAAGGUAUGCAGGCUCAAAAUUGCUGUUGGUGAGCAUUUUGCCUGUGGCAAAACAUUUCAAAAUUGCCGUAGGUAAGAAAUUAUCGCGUUCGAGGCCUGUAUUUUGUAAACAUCGAGUUAUUACAAAUACAAUGUUCAACAGAGCAAAUACAAUGAACAGCCCAGCACGUACUUACAAGGGUGCCUUAAAUUUGAUGGCUUAACGGUUACCACAGCACCAUAUAAUGGGCAGCAGUGAUUUAUGUGAAAAUCCAGUCUAGUAUAUAAAAACCCAGUCUAGUAUGAAGUUUAAUUAUCAUUACUGAUAUUGUAAUUUGUGUAUUUUCCAUGUUCAUGACACAGCUUUUCACUUUUAUAACGAGGGUUGGGUGAAGAGAACAAAUGGAAAAAGCAGGUCAUAGAAUUUUAAAUUUCAUGGCAAAACAUUUUUCGGUUCCAUACCUUGUGAUCAUGGGUACCCAUCUGAAAUUGUUUUUAAGAAAUAAUUAUUUAUUAUACAUGUUGAAUAAUACUCAAUAUAAUAAUCAUGGAAACCAAAAUUUCGGUUCGAUGAUUUUACCCCACAUGCUACCAACACGGUACUGGAAUUGAUCAUUGUAUGAAAUCUGAGGGCCUGAAACAGGGCACAUGUCCCAACUUGUAAAAAGGUCAAUCUAAUGAGUUGUUUUUGUUUUAAAAGCCAUAAAAAACAAAGGAGGCACUGAAUAUAUUUUGGUGGUUGUGUUGGGCAGCGAGUCCCCUAAUCCCUGCCUCUGUAUAGCUACCAUUAGUUACAGCGAAAUGUAAUGCAUAUAGUGGCUUGAACAUCCUCUCACCAUCCCUAAGGUCAUACCUUUCAGGCAUCAGUUUUUCACAUUUACUGGGAAACACUUUCAGUUCCAGGCCCUCUGAUUAUUAGAACCCAUUGGAAACCUUUUUCAAUAAUCAAAUCAAGUUAUGUAUGUCCCAAGUGAAAUAAUGUUCACAAGCUUUUGCAAGUGACAAAUGAAAUACAACUCUUUCAUGAAGGACAUACUUGGGGAGGUUUCCUGAAAAUGGGCAGCAGACAUAAUUUUAUGAUUCCGUGAUUUUGCAGACAUGUUAUUGCAAAUAUAAAUGUAUACCUGUAUCUAUACAUGCAUUUACACAUUUUACAUCCUUCUCAGAUACAUAUAGAAAUGUUUUAAUUCGAUGUGUUACUAACCAAAGUCCCAAUCUAUAGGUGUAAUGCCUGUUGUGUCUUCAUGACAUAAUGAAAUUUUGCCAUUAAUGCCAGAUUAUAUUUGGGGAUUAUUCCUCCUAAAGUGAUAUAAAUUAUCAAACUGCUGUGAGGGUUGUAACAAAAGAAUUUUUUAAGCAUUUGGUUUUUGCUUCUUUUUUUAAUACAUGUAUCUAUUUUGCUGUUUGUUAUAAGAUUGGUAUAUUAUUAUUUUUUUUAAUUGCAUAAUUUGCAUCUUGUUUGUUAAAAAAUGUGUAACUGUUGUGUUCAUUGUUAAAGUAAGUAUGACCUGUUUUUAAAAUGAUUCCCACUCCCACAUCAAAUAGAGUAUGUAAAAUAACACACAUAGGCCUACUAGGUUACUGUAUAUUAGAUUCAAAUGUAUAAUUAAUUAUCAGGGAUGUUUUUAUUAAGCAACAUGUGGCAGUUUUUGCUGCCUACACGUAUUUAAUCAAUAUUUGCUGGAUAUUUAAUUUUAUAAAAAAAAAUGCUAUUGGUAUGAUCUAAUUUGCACAUGCACAUACAUUUAACUGUCACUGUUGGGAAGUCUGUUCCUAAAUAAUUAAUUUUAGCAAAAAAAAGUUUGUUUUGUUUAACGAUACCACUAGAGUACAUUGAUUUAUUAAUCAUCAGCUAUUGGAUAUCAAACAUUUGGUAAUUUUGAUAUAUAGU